GCCAGACAGGCGACAGUGAACACGGUCUUGGCUUUAGGGCACAGGCUCGGGAGCCAAUGAGAAGCAGACAUCCACUCCUCUCUGUCCUGCCUGGCUUGGCUCAGCUCGGCGCGCCCUGUAAUUAGGAGCUCUUGCUGGGUUGGGCGCCGCCCGCCACGGUGGACAGCCUGGCUGGCUGCUGUGUCAAGGGAGUUUGGGAACGCCAGCUCCACACUGACUGAGGGCAGCAGGAGUUUAGAGCGAACGGGCAACUCCAAAAGCGGCUGAAAAGAUCGCUUUUAAAAUGAACGGUCAAUCGUCACCUGUCUUUGAGGAGAAGAAACCGUCCCUGCCCGGCGUGGCGGGGAGCUCCAUCUCCACCAAGGACUCCCCCCCGACCCUGGCGGAGUCCUCCUCCGCCGACGCGGGCUUCUAUGGCGGGCAGAGCGCGCUGCACGACUCGCAGGACUUUUACGCGGCGCAGCAGCCAUACGGAACUCCGCACAUGAACCCGUACACCUACCACCACCACCACCACUACAACCUGAACGGCAUGGCGCCCAGCGGCGCGUACUCGGUGGGCAAGGCGGAAUACCCGUACCCGCAUGCGGCAUACAGAGAUCACGGAGCCUUCGGCAGGGAGGUGCAGACGGCGCUGCAAGAAGGUGUGAAAGAGGAACCAGACCUGGAAGUCCGGAUGGUCAACGGGAAACCCAAGAAGGUCCGCAAACCACGCACCAUCUACUCCAGCUACCAGCUGGCCGUGCUGCAGAGGAGAUUCCAGUCGGCCCAGUACCUGGCCCUGCCGGAGCGGGCUGAGCUGGCUGCGCAACUGGGCCUCACCCAAACGCAGGUCAAGAUCUGGUUCCAGAAUCGACGCUCCAAAUUCAAGAAGCUCUACAAGAAUGGCGAGUUUCCGCUCGGAGACAUGCCCUGUGAACAUAGUCCAGAUGCCAGCGACUCCAUGGCCUGCAACUCUCCCCCGUCCCCAGCCGUGUGGGACAACGCCUCCGGCAACAGCAGCAACAACAACAACAACAGCAACACAAACGGCAGCAGCAACUGCAUAAGCAGCAUCAACGACACAAACGGCGGCAGCCUCAAGAACACCGCAAUGCUGGAUCCCGUCAGCAGGGGUCAGGGUCCGUAUCAGCCCCCGAUGAGCUCCUCUCCUGCUUACAUGGAGGACUUUACACAGCACAACUGGUACCAGCAGCAAGGGGCGCAUUUAGGCUUGGCGCAGUCAGGCCAGAUACACCACACGCCGCCAACAGCGCCGUCAGACACACAGAGUAUGCGAGCCAUCUACUGAGCCACCAAUCUGGACGCUCAACAGCUGAAAAACCAGACCUUUUGUUUGUUUUGUUUUCUCCUCAUGAGAGGAAUUUCAGUGAUGCUGUAACCCCAAAUAACCUGACAGAGAACAGACUCAAGCAAUGACUGGUAGAAACUACAAAUAUAUCAAAAUUUCCUCCCAAGUCGGACUGAUAUUCUUGUGGGAGAUCACAUGGAUUGAAGUGUUUUUGCACUGCUUGGUCUGAUAAUAUUUUGUGAAUUCUUUUUAAAUAUAUAUAUAUAUAUAUUUGAAAUUUCUCCGUAUUUAACGUAAAAAAACUUUUAAUUAUUUGGUCAUUCCAUUAAAUUAUGUUCUGGAUUCGUCCUCUGUCUGUUCCCUACUGAAACAACGUGCUACUGAAACUCACUGCUGGACUUUACCAAACAUAAAGACUAUCAAGGUAAACCUUUUUUUUAUCAGUUAAAAAAAAGAACAGUUUGAUGGACUCGUCUUUGUGUUAAACUGAGCUAAGACUCAAACUAAGAUUUCCUUAUUUAUUUCUCAUAUAUAUUAUCCUGUAUAGAAACACUGCAAUCAAAUGUAAGUCAUGUCACAAUAUUAAAGCCUUGUGUAUUUAGGGAAAAGCGUCUCAGCUUCCAACUGAGACAGUAGCUCUGUUUCUAAAUGUCAAGCAAAUUUCAAGCAAACUUUUAAAACAAAGAAGAAGAAGGAAAAUAAAAAAGAGUGUGUUUCCAUUUACUGGUUCGGUGCGAAUCAAAGUGUGAUUUCGUCAGGUGCUGACUCUACGCAUGGCUGCAGACCAGCAUGGACUGGACAUCUCAGAAAAACAGGAGAGUCCUCCCAUCUGCGCUGAAGGUUUGGACAGGGAGAGUUUGUUACGCUGGAACUUAUUCUGCAAACGUGUUUCCAAAAUCGUUAAUGGAAAACCGACUACUUACUCAAUUACUUGUAUUUGCUACAAAGUUGAAUAAAAGGUGGAAAGGGAAACUACAACAAAAAUCCCCAUCAGCAACAGGUUGGGGAGGGGUUCCUGUACUCAUGGUUCCUUUGUUGUUUUGACCUUGAACAUUGACCAGGACUGAUUGACCCAGUCUCCUCGUAUCGGUGAACAUCCACAACAGCAGCUUACGUUAGCAUUGAAGCUAAUUUUUAGCAUCAUAACACUGGGCUCCAAUCGAUGGGCAGACUGUGGCAGGCCUUGUUUAAAUUUCUUCAGAAAUGUUCUAAUUUCUUCUAUAAUCCUGAGCCUUAUAUUACACUAUUAACACUGCAGGGAGAAAAAGAUUUUUUCUAACAAUGUUUUUGGGUAUAAAGUUAAUUAUGUCCUCCAACUCAGCUGAGGACAUGUCCUGCUGGUGGUGACGGCCAAAGGGCAGGCGCAGAGGGAACAGGACUAAGUGAUAACACCAAAACUGUAUUUGUAAGGGACGGCUUGUUAACUCAAAGGCUCAUUAUAACAGAAUAUGAGUCAUUCAUUCAGCGUGUCAAAAUGUCCUUUCCUGAGUCAACUUUAAUUUCUUUUCGAAGCUGUCAUGACAUUUGGAAUUUGUCCUUAUCUGCUGCGGCAGUGCAGCCCUUCAGGGGAACUUUAAAAUCACUCACCUGACACCUCACCUGGUGCUCCUCAUGUCACCAUCUCUCUUUCUCUGCCUUUCCGUUCACUCUGUGCUCUUCGAUUCUCUCACCGAGAGCAAAUCUUAACAUAAGCGGUUUGAUGUUCAAACAAAAGGGGCUGGAAAGUUUUCCAUCAACCACCCAAACUUCCCCCUUCAGAGAAAAACAUGAAUUGGCUCAAGAAAAUGAUUCACAAUGGACACAAACAGAAGAGUUCUCCUGAAGGAUGAAGCAAACUGCAUAUAAUAUGGACCCACCUGGAACUGUGGAGAUGCUCCUGUUAGCAUGAGGAGAAUAGAUAUGUUUGAAUCUUUAUUAUUUAAACAAACUUAAAAAACCACUUGUCUUUAUUUAAGUCAUCUUGACUGAAUUUCUAAACAAAGAAAGGGAACAUGAAGACAACUGCUUUCUGUGGUUACAUUUAACGGUAAUUUGCCCCAAAGAUGCUACGCUAGCCAGUCUUUUAGCCUGUACCAAACAUACUGUAAAGUAUUUCAUGUAAAUAUGAUGUUAAUAAAUUAAAUAAGGAACACA